UCGAGGAGAAAAAACGAGUUUCUCGACCGACAAAGACAUCGAAAAGCCGCUGGUUUUUCUGACGGCAAGGGCGAGAAUAUUCCGCGGAGGAGGUUGAAGUCGAGCGGGAGAAGAAAACCCUAACUAGGUCAACACGUCUCUCCUGCUCAUCGCCCUAAUUCUCUCCCUGUUCCAACGAUCCGGCUGGGCUUGCUAUUUUGAUUUUGAGGUGCCGGGGUUGUUGGAUCUCACCGCCCGGGGCUUCCUUUGUUUGAAUUCCCAUCGGGAUCAUCAUCUGCACAUUGCUCUCCUUGAUUAUCCGGUUUCAUCCUUUAGAAUUUAUUAUGAAGAACAGUUCAUUAUUUGCAAGACGUGAUUUAGAUGAUGGAAACAACCUCCCUAUAGAGUUCCGAUUGUCCCAAGCUAUUGGGAUGGUAAUACUGUCAAAAUUUAGUUCUUUAAUGGAGAAUUCUUAUCAGAGCUCCACCCAUUUUUAUUCUUCUGGAAGUCUAGCCUUUCAGGAAGCUUUUACUUCCAUGUCCAAGUUUGCUGGAUCGCUGUCAGUCUGGUUUUCUUGGCCAAAAUUCAAUGUACUUCACAAUGUUUCUGCUGAAGUAUUUGGCCCGAAGUCUAGCAGCACUCAAUCUUGGCACAUAAAUACAUUUUUGAAAGAAAAUCUUGCAGGAGUUCAUUUCAUGCUUGGUUCAGAUAAUGAGCAUGCUAUAAAAACUUUUAUCACAAAGCUAGCUAGUUCCAAACUACGAUUCGUAUGGAAGGACAUCCAACUUCAACAUGGUUUGCCCAUUCUUUCACUAGCAUCAAUACACGUUCCUUCUUUCGGCAGCACAUCUUCAAAGGCAUUAGCUGGUUCCAUCACAUUUCAAAGUGCUAGCGAAGAAAUAAGUUCACAUGCUAUAAAUUCAGAUGGAAAGCAUUGUUUUCAUGGUUGUCCUACCAUUGCUCCACCAAAUCUUAGCUGGAAAGAAGAUGCAAUUGAGGCAAAAACAGGCAUUAAGUUCCCAACUUUUUUGGAAGAUAGCUUCCACUUGACCACUAAGGUGCUUGUUGGAAUCGGCUCUAGAAGCAUGAGAAUAAUAAAAGUCAAGUCCUUGAAGCUUUAUGCAUUUGGCUUAUAUGUCUUCCCUGAUUCUAUUUGUGAAAAGCUGGGUUCAAAAUAUGCUUCUGUGCCAGCUGAAGAGCUGAAGAACCGUUCAGAUUUUUUUGAGGAUUUUCUCAGGGAGGAUAUUCACAUGACUGUCAGGCUUGUCAUUAACUACAACGGUCUUAAAGUUAGUACCGUUAGAGAUGCUUUUGAGAAAUCUCUGCGAACAAGAUUGCAGAAGCUGAAUCCUAAUACAGAUUACCAUUGCAUAAGGACAUUUGGUUCUCACUUCACUCAAGAUAUAACACUCCCAGUAGGAACCAUAAUCGAUUUUAGACAAACAGCAGAUGGUCAGCUUAUAACAGAAAUUGGUGGGACAGAAAUUGGUGCUGUUCGCAGCAAAGACCUAUGCAGAGCCUUCUUUGGCAUGUACAUUGGGGAUCUUCCUGUAUCGCUACAGGCCAAAGAAGAUAUUGCAGAAAAUAUUGCAGCCCUUAUAAAGAGAUGCUAAUUGCAUUCUUUGAAAUUGUUGUAUACUUAUUGCUCUACUAGCACAUUCUUUGGCUAAAGUGUUGUAUAUGAAAAAGACAUGGCGCCUGAUUUUUUGAGCCAAGGGCCCUGCCAUGGCUUUUAGAUAUAAGUUCAUCCUGAAGCUGUCAAUUACUUCUCUACAGUGUGUCUGGAUAAGAAGGCCAAGUGAUAGUGCCUCAAAUUCUCUUUACAGUACUCAUUUAGCUAUAUAACCCUCAAUUGUUGACAUUGUUCAAGAAAUCUCAUAUGCACAUGAUUACAUGAAUUUGUAAAUGUACACGUUCAUGCAGCAUAAUGUGGUUUGAUUCUUUC